AUGUCUGGACCUCCUCCCGCCGCGCCCCCGCAAUCCCGCCUCGGCCAGUACCGUGUGCUUGCCCCCACCGCGGGCGUAAAAGUGAGCCCACUGUGUCUGGGUGCAAUGAGCUUUGGAGAAGGAUGGAAGGAGAGACUAGGCGAAUGUGACAAGGAGACCUCAUUCAAGAUCUUGGAUACAUUCUAUGAAAACGGGGGCAAUUUCAUCGACACUGCCAACAACUACCAAAACGGAGACUCCGAGUCCUGGCUGGGCGAAUGGAUGGAAAAGCGCGGUGUGCGCGACCAGAUCGUCUUGGCCACUAAGUAUACCUCCGGCUACCGGAUGCAUAACAAAUUGGAGAUCCAGGCAAACUUUGUGGGAAACAAUACGAAGAGCAUGAGGGUCUCUGUGAACGCGAGCUUGAAGAAGCUGCGGACGGAUUAUAUCGACCUGUUGUAUGUCCACUGGUGGGACUUCGCGACCUCCAUCGAAGAAGUGAUGACGUCGCUCAACCAGCUAGUCAUUGCAGGCAAGGUGCUGUACCUCGGCGUCAGUGAUACGCCUGCAUGGAUUGUCAGUCGAGCGAAUCAAUACGCCCGUGAUCAUGGUAUGCGCCCCUUUUCCGUCUAUCAAGGUCAGUGGAACGCCGCCAAGCGCGACUUUGAGCGCGAGAUCAUCCCCAUGUGCGCCGCCGAAGGCAUGGGCCUCUGCCCGUGGGGCGCCAUCGGUGGCGGUGCAUUCAAAACAACUGCCCACCGCGAAGAGCUGGCCAAGACUGGUAAUCCCGGCCGACAAGUCGAGCCGAGUGAAAUUGAUAUCGCGGUGUCCAAGGUGCUGGAGAGCGUCGCAGCACGCCACAACACGGCGAUCACGAGCAUAGCACUAGCAUACGUGAUGAGCAAGGCGCCACAUGUUGCGCCACUUGUGGGCGGCCGCAAGGUCGAGCACUUGCUGAGCAAUAUCGAGGCCCUGCAGCUGGAGUUGACUCAGGAAGAUAUUAAGGAGAUCGAAAGCGCUUAUGAAUUUGAUUAUGGGUUCCCGGCGACAUUUUUGUUCCGUGGGGAAAACAAGGAGGCGCAUCCAGGAAAUAUUGCUUUUAAGAAUGCAGUGGCCAGGUUUGAUUAUGUUGAUUUGGUGCGGCCUAUUAAGCCGAAGAGCAUUGAUGAGUGA